UCAAGACCCCCGGUACACAACUCAGGAGCACACGGACACUAACAGCUGCUUUAUUUUGUAUUUAUUUUUCAUAUUGUGCAUCAUUUAAAGACAAUUAACAAAUCUUAAUAGAAAUAUCUGGAGCUGUGUUGUCUGCAGAGGAGGAGAGGGAUCCAGCAUCCACUGACAGCCAUUCAAAAGUUCAUUUAAAGAAGGAGACUUUUUGGAGAGGGAUGGCCAACUCCGGUAUUCAGCUGUUGGGCUUUUUCCUGGCGCUCAUCGGCAUCGUCGGACUGAUCAUCGGGACUAUUCUGCCGCAGUGGAAGAUGUCCGCGUACAUCGGGGACAACAUCAUCACAGCGGUGGCCAUGUACCAGGGGCUGUGGAUGUCAUGCGCCUUCCAAAGCACCGGACAGCUCCAGUGCAAAAUCUACGACUCCAUCCUGCAGCUCGACAGUUCGCUUCAGGCAACUCGUGCCUUGAUGAUAGUUGGCAUCAUUGUUUCCAUAGCAGGUCUGGGCGUGGCCUGUAUGGGAAUGAAGUGCACCACCUGUGCAGGGAGUGACAAACUACGCAAGUCCCGCAUCGCCAUGACAGGAGGCAUCAUCCUACUAGUGGGAGGGCUGUGUGCCAUCGUAGCGUGCUCCUGGUUUGCUCACAAUGUGAUCCGGGCUUUCUAUAAUCCCUACACUCCAGUCAACACUAAGUUUGAGUUUGGCGCCGCCAUCUUCAUCGCCUGGGGCGGCUCCCUCCUAGAUGUCCUGGGCGGAGCCAUGUUGGCCGCUUCCUGUCCACGAAAGAAACACGUAGCUAAGUACCCGUCCAUGGCCAGUUCCCGCUCUGGUCCGCCGAGCAGCACUAAAGAAUACGUCUGAGAGCGCCCCCUACAGCUUGGGACUCCAACAGAAGUUGACAGAGAAGUCUCCCCUCCCUCUUUUUUUGCAGCCCCAGCGAGGAGUAAAACUGAAGAUUUAUGGGAAGUUGUGAAUUGUAGAAGAAUUACUGAAAUGGGACUUUCUUUCUUUUUUUGUUCAAGCAGGUCUUUGAUAACCCCCCAUUAUCGCGCACCACUCUCAAUUGUUUGAUGAAUGAUGUCUCUCACCCCGUCCACACAUUCCACAAUUGUUUACAAGUGAUCUUCACAAAUACAUUAUAAUUGGAUCCCCUGACUUAAUAGACAAGCCCCUGGGGUGUAACCUCUUGAAUUGUAGCCUAAAUGGUGGAUUAUAGCCAACGCUUGCACCUCUGUGUUAGAACCAGCAUCUAUUAGCAUUUGCCAUGUAAUUGAAAGUAAUCUAUUCCAGUUAGGUGGCUAGGCUGCGACUCAGGGGUUCUGUACAACAGAGACACAGGGUGACAAUACAGUGUUUUAUAUAAACCGUUGGUGGUUCUAAAAUAGAUGUUAGGAUGAGCAGGGUGUGACUUUACACACAGGGCUCAGUGUGUAGGGUGACCCUAUCACACAGGCCUUCUACUACAAACACCUACCACAGGCCCCGUAGCUCUUCAUACCAGUCUGUUACAAACCCUGCUCGGAUAUGAAAUAUUUUAUCAUGUAGUCACUGUGCCGUUAUCGCUCUAACAGCUUCCAUAUCAGCCACUAUGAGAUUAAACUGCCUGUAUUUAUUUUGUCAACCGUAGGGUGAAGUCGUUGCUCCUGUGUAGAUUUAUAUAAUUGGUAGUUCACCAGUUCUAGCUUUCAGAGAUUAUAGAGUCGUAUUUUUAUUAAGACUCUAUUUUUUUUAAAUGUCAUAGUUUUAUACA